CUCCUCCAUCCGCUUCCGCCGCGGCGCCAACUCCUCCUCCGCCUCCUCCAUCGACGCCGCAGCCUCCUCCGCCUUCGCCGCCGCGGCUACCCUCCUGCCCCACCUCCUCUCCCCUUGCGCCGCCGCCUCCUCCUCAUCCCCUUCCCCCUCUCCGUCAGCCCCCGCGUCCUUCCCCGCCACCAUCUCGGCGCCUCCGCUGGCGCCCCGGUGGCCGUGGAGCUGCCGUGCGGGAUGGCCGUCGGCUCGCGCGUCACGGUGGUGGCCCAGCCGACGAGGAGGGACAGGGCGGCGUCGUCGCAGUUCAUGGUGGAGCUGCUCGACACCAAGGCCGUCCAGGGGGAGGAGCCGCCCAGGAUCAGAGGCGACUUCAGCGGCCGCCCCGUCAUCGAGCUCAACACCUGCUACCACAUGCAGUGGGCGCUGCCGCAGCGCUGCGAGGGCCCGGCGUCCCGGCCCAACGAGGACAGAGUUGAUGGCCUCACCUCUGCCGACUGAACCAGUCAAGUGUGAGAAAUGGACUCGGGAAUGUCUGCACAGUGGAAGGCCUCACCUCUGCCGACUGAACCUGUCGAGCUGUUCAUUGGCAUCCUUUCUGCAGCCAACAAUUUCGCCGAGUGGAUGGCCGGCCGCAAGUCAUGGAUGAUUGCUACAAGGAAAUCAUCUAACAGUGUUGGCCGGUUCUUCGUCACUCUGAAUGGGAAAAAGAGGUCAGCGAGGAGCUGAAGAAGGAGGCAGAGUUCUUUGGUGACAUUGUUCUCGUCCCUUUCAUGGAUAGCUAUGACCUCAUUGUUUUAAAGACUAUUGCCAUUGCUGAGUAUGGGGAAUGGGAAGAAGAAGUAUACCCACCUUACGCAAA